ACACCUAACGAACAUCAGCUGUUUGCUUGCGUCAACUUUUUCACGCAACGCAAAAGCGCAAAGGUUUUCUUCAAUAGAUUUGGAUUGAUUUUCAAAAAAUCACAUCACUAUGGACGGUUUUGACGCUGUACUGAUUGCAAGUGUUAAGCACAACGUUUCAAUAUUCGAGAAAUAUCACACUAAACAUGACAGAAAGCAGGCGUGGAUUGCAGUGGCCCAAGCAUGCCAGAAAUCAGUUGAGAACUGUCAAGUUAGAUGGAAGACCCUACGAGAUCGUUAUGUGAGGGAAUUGCAAAGGCCCGAUGCCAAAAAGAUCAAUAUUCAAAGGUUUCAAGAGCUCGAUUUUCUUAGGGAGCACAUAAGAACCGGAAGGAAACCGAAAGAACUGUGCACUACAUUAAACACACAUACAACGUUUGUGCCGGGUGAAACCGAGGAAAGCAAGUCGGCGGAUGAACCAGCCCUUAAACGCAACUGCAUCACUGAAUUUCAGCCGGAUGAGUUUAUAAUUUAUAAAGGCGAGGAGGAGUAUCUCAGUGAGUGGGAUAACUCCAGUGCGGAGUUUAUCUCAGAGGAAUCAGCGUGCAAUAUAAGCAGCGAGCUGCCAUACGAAACGAAAGCCAGUUUGACUGGCGAAGGACUGAGUCAAACUCAAGCCAAGUUCAUGAGCGUAAUGAAUCUCAUCGAGAGUGCCUUAAAGGACAAGCCGGCGGAGCCCCAAGAUCCCUUCUACAAGUAUCUGGAGAGCAUUUUGGCUGGCGUGGACGAAGGCACUCGAAGAGAUAUACAACUGAAAGUGCUCAACUUUGUCAGUGACGAAAUCAAGCGAAGUAAACGAACGUAGUAUAAUAAA